CGAGCGUAUAGAAACUUACCGUGUGCGACAAGGUACACAUCUCCAGCAGCAUUAUUCUACAAAGUUUCUCUGUCUUGGACUUACGAACUACAUUUUUGCCACUAACGCUAUAUACUUUGCCUAAUAACACGGGUUUGUUUAUUUUUUUAGCUUAGAAAACAACCACUUUGGAUCAACAUGUCGUACAUGCUACCACAUCUCCACAAUGGCUGGCAGGUCGACCAAGCCAUCCUGUCCGAGGAGGACCGAGUCCUUGUUAUCCGCUUCGGUCACGACUGGGAUCCGACAUGUAUGAAGAUGGACGAAGUUCUUUACAGCAUCGCUGAAAAGGUGAAGAACUUUGCUGUCAUUUACCUGGUGGACAUCACAGAAGUGCCUGAUUUCAACAAGAUGUACGAGUUGUACGACCCCUGCACUGUCAUGUUCUUCUUCAGGAACAAACACAUCAUGAUUGAUUUGGGCACCGGUAACAACAACAAGAUCAACUGGACGAUGGAGGACAAGCAGGAGAUGAUAGAUAUUAUUGAAACGGUGUAUCGAGGAGCAAGAAAAGGCCGCGGUCUGGUGGUGUCUCCUAAGGAUUACUCUACAAAAUACAGAUAUUGAUUUUUUUUCUUUUUUCUUUUUUCUCCAUCUUUGGACAGAGACUACAAAUUGCAGAAGUCAAGGAUCAUGUUUUUCAGUGUUUUUGUUUUGCCAGUGAGAGAGGACGAUAUUCUUAUUUUUGGUUGUGAAUUUGUUACAUUGUGCCACUUGGGUUUUUGUGUAUAGGUAUCAGUCUAACACAAUUCUUUCAUCACUGAGUUGUUGUUGUUGGUGUUUUUGUACAUUUCUCUUCUGUGCGACAAUUGCUGAUCAGUUCACAUUACACAGUGUACAUGGCCCUUUAUAUUUAAAGAUGUAAUAAACCUGGAAUUUUACACAGA